AAACCCGGCGUCCCCAUGACCUCGCCACCCGCAAAUGUACUCUCUUUGCGACAGGUCGGCCAUUCGAAGGGUCCAUUUCAUCCCCAUAUAAAGGGCAGGCUGCUUACGCCGGAAGCAACGCGAAACGUCUCUUCCGCCUCCUCUCACGCGAACUUGGCGGAGGAGCCCAAAUCCGUUGCGGCUGUCAUCUGCUCCUCCGUUUUCGGUCGAUUCGAGUUCGUUCCUAAGUUUCCUCUCUUCCUCGAUCUCGAUCUCGAUCUCGAUCUCGGAUUCGAAGCCGGGUGGUUUUGGAUUCGAGGGAGGAUGUCGUACGCUUAUCUGUUCAAGUAUAUCAUCAUCGGCGACACGGGAGUGGGGAAAUCAUGUCUUCUUUUGCAAUUCACUGACAAGCGUUUCCAACCUGUGCAUGACCUGACAAUUGGUGUGGAAUUUGGGGCUAGAAUGAUUAAUAUUGACAACAAGCCCAUUAAGUUGCAGAUAUGGGAUACAGCUGGUCAAGAGUCAUUUCGAUCAAUUACAAGAUCUUAUUAUAGAGGUGCCGCAGGUGCCCUUCUUGUUUAUGACAUCACCAGGAGGGAGACAUUCAAUCAUCUUGCUAGCUGGUUAGAAGAUGCAAGACAACACGCUAAUGCUAAUAUGACAAUUAUGUUGAUUGGCAAUAAGUGUGAUUUGGCUCACAGAAGAGCUGUUAGCACUGAGGAAGGCGAACAGUUCGCUAAGGAGCAUGGUUUAAUUUUCAUGGAGGCAUCUGCCAAAACAGCACAGAAUGUUGAGGAGGCUUUUAUUAGAACUGCUGCAACAAUAUACAAGAAAAUUCAGGAUGGUGUCUUCGAUGUAUCAAAUGAGUCAUAUGGAAUCAAAAUUGGAUAUGGAGGGGUUCCUGGUCCAUCAGGUGGAAGGGAUUCAUCUUCUCAAGGUGGUGCUUGCUGCAGUUGACGUCCAUUUUUCACCCUUAACUAUGACAUUGUAUCUUAAAGCUACCCUUCUUAUUUCAACAAUAAACUUAGACCCUUGUUUCUUUUCUCAUGUGCAUAAGUUACAUGGAUUUGAAUUCUUUUA